AUGGUGACAUCUUUCCGUCCCCGAUCAUCAUCUAUCACGGAUGACAGUGUUCUCACAAUGGUCCGUCCCAUUUCAAUACUUGGUGACUUGUAUCAUCAACUCGUGGAGUAUCGUUGCGAGGUCAUUCAGGACCGGUUCCGCGAUGCCAAUCGGCUCAUGUGGGACCAGAAAAGAGCAAGGCGCUCAUUUGAUUUGGUCAGCCUCAUGGAAUCACUCCGCAAACAGAUCGAUUUUCUAGAGCAUAUGGACAAGGAGAUUCUUGAUGAUGACAAGGUCCAGAAGGGCAUGCUCGACGACAGCCACCUUCGCUCAGAGGAAUAG